AACAGAUUUGGCUUACGUCUCUCGCUGAAUUCAUUUUCCUGCUCGAUAAGUAUCUAGGACUCCCUACUUCAAUCUCCAGCGCCAUCAUAAUGGCAAUGUCAGGGAUGUUCAAGUACUUGUUACUUGGAGCUCUGUUCAUUGAACUGGCUGCAGCAGCUAAUUACACCGUGGGGGGUCCCAGCGGAGGUUGGGAUGCGGUUACUGACGAGCAGACAUGGGCUUCCUCUCAGUCGUUCCAUGUCGGAGAUAAUCUGAUUUUCCAAUACUCCACAAGCCAUGAUGUGACUGAAGUUACAAAGGCGGACUAUGACUCUUGCCAAGCAAGUAACCCGAUUCAGACCUACACUGGUGGUUCAUCCGUGGUUCCACUCAGUUCUCCGGGGAAGAGGUACUUCAUCUGCUCGACCGUUGGCCACUGCUCCGCUGGAAUGAAGCUCGCAGUCAACACGCUCGCCAGCUCAUUGGCAGCGCCAGCAGAAUCUCCUGCUGAAUCUCCUAUAGCUCCUAGUCCGGUCGCGCCUCCACCAGUUGUGCCCGAGAUCAGUCCAAUUCCCUCUCCGGCUCCAGAAACAUCGCUCGCUUCACCAUCAGAGUCGCCAGUUCCAGAAAUAACCCUCCCUACACCAUCAGAGUCGCCACUUCCAGGCACUUCAUUGCCGGUUCCUGAAGUUCCAGAUUCUGAAGAUCCAACGAACUCAACUCCCAUGACUCGUACUACUUCACCGGACUCGCCGACCUCAUCGGCUAGCAAGGGCAGGUUUCCUGUCGGUUUUGGCAAGGGCCUGAGCUUUGUGGCCGUGAUGCUUAUGGCUCUGUAAGCAUGAGAACACAAUUGGAAUUUGAAUUGUUUGGAUGUUGGUUUGAUUGAGCAAAUUUACUGUAUUAUUUGUUGCACUGUAUGCUCUUCAGGAAUCAACGAGAAAAACACUUGAGAGAGCCUAGAACUCCCUCCUCUUGCAUGUAAUCUUAUGUCUAUCUAUAAGAGUCCAGAAAAUUUCAGAUUUUCGUUAAUAUUA